AAGCCAGAUCGCAUUCUAGAUGUAGAUGAAGUAUUGACAAAAAAAACGUAGAUGCACUGCUACCUCAAUUUUGUUCUUUGCCAUCUUUCCAAGACAAGGAUCUCUCUCUGCACACAACGCACGGCAACCAACUAGCUUAUUUCCACAUAACCAAUUUGCCAAUUUGGAGUAGACUUCACUAUAAAACUAGGUAUUUUACAGUAGUCUUCACUUCACUCAUACACCAGCCACCCCAAUCUAGAACCACCAUUCUUCCAAUUCAAUAGCAAUGGCAUUUCCAAAGCUUAAGCUUAUGAUCACCCUCUUGUUCAUUCAGGCUCUCAUGAUCACAUCCAACGCCUCAAUCAAAGCUGCCCCAUCAAACUCAGAUAUCUUCAGAGAAUACAUAGGAGCUGAAUUCAACGAUGUCAAGUUUUCCGAUGUGCCCAUUAACCCAAAUGUUGAGUUCCACUUCCUUCUCUCCUUCGCUAUCGACUACGAUACUUCAGGUUCUUCACCCACAAAUGGAAAUUUCAAUGUGUUUUGGGACACUGACAACCUCGGCGCCUCACAAGUUUCGGACAUCAAGAAUGCACAUUCAAAUGUGAAAGUUGGCCUAAGCUUAGGAGGGGAUAGUGUCAAUAGUGGCUCCUGCUAUUUUAACCCUUCCUCAGUUGAUUCAUGGGUUUCUAAUGCUGUUUCUUCACUCACAAGUAUCAUCCAACAGUACAAUCUAGAUGGUAUUGACAUUGAUUACGAGCACUUUCAAUCCGAUCCUGAUACCUUUUCUGAGUGCAUUGGUAGGCUUAUAAAAACUCUCAAGGACAAUGGUGUGAUCAAGUUUGCUUCCAUUGCUCCGUUUGAUGAUGACGACGUUCAGAGCCACUACUUGGCUUUGUGGAAGAACUAUGGCCAGUUGAUAGACUAUGUGAACUUCCAGUUCUAUGCUUAUGAUCAGAGCACCACAGUGUCUCAGUUUAUAGAUUAUUUCAAGACUCAAAGCUCAAACUACAAUGGUGGAAAGGUCUUAGCGAGCUUUAGUACCGAUGGGAGUGGUGGAUUGUCCCCUGAAAAUGGGUUUUUCACUGCCUGCAACAGGCUCAAGAGUGAACAAAACCUUAAUGGUAUUUUUGUUUGGUCUGCUGAUGAUUCCAAGAAAAAUGGUUUCCGCUAUGAAAAGCAAUCCCAAGCUCUUUUGGCCAUUCCACAUUAGUAUUGUACACAUGAAUCCCCUGCUUUCUUAUGUAUAUAUAAGUUCAGUCUGUUGUUUCAAUUCCAAGCUAGAGUAAUGUAUUUGUAAUUUCCUUUCAUCCUUCAAAAGCAAUGGGACUUCCAUUGCAGUAGAAGAGUAUACUGUAAAUAUGUGUGGAUAAACAUAGCAAGUAAUUAAUGUACUGGUGUUUUAUUUUUUGUGUUUGCAGAUGUUUGAGAUAAAUAUAAUACCUGAAUUCUACUUAA